AUGAUCUUGCUUGCCCUUAUCGUUACUCGGUCUAGUGCCACCUCUCUCCAGGCUAAGGAGGGUCUUCCCAUGGGGAACCAGGUGGUUGGAUGGAUUGUGCUGGGUAAGUGCAGGAUUAAGCGACCCGUGGGAUUGGUGCUAACAUCUCCGUGUCAUCUAUUAGUGUCCUCGCUUUCUCUACCGUUCUUCCACCGGCUCUACCCCAACAGCCACUACCUGCACCGAUUGAUGAUUAUCUUCCUCACCUUCUCUCCGACCUUUAUCAUUUUGACCAUCUCUUACGAGGGUCUGUUCUACUUCGUCUUCUGCAUGACCCUGAUCACAUGGGUUCGGCUGGAACAUGCCGUUUACGAGACCACCGCCGCGCCUCCUGCCAAGGAGCAGGGGCCAGGCAAAGAGCCGGAGGUGUCUAAGAAGCCUGGUACGGAAUCCACAGCCAUCGUGCAGGGCCAAGCCUACCCAUACCGGGCCCUUAGCCUGUCCGACGCGCGCGUGGCCCUCUUUUUCUUCUUCCUUCUCCAAUCCGCCUUCUUCAGUACGGGCAACAUCGCGUCCAUCUCCUCGUUCUCGUUGGACAGUGUCAACCGGCUCAUUCCGAUCUUCAACCCGUUCAGCCAGGGGGCGUUGUUGAUCUUGAAGCUGCUGAUUCCGUUUGCGAUCAUCAGUGCCAACCUUGGCAUCCUUAACCGCCGACUGGAAGUAGCGCCCAGCGCACUUUUCAUGGUGGUGAUGUCCAUCUCGGACGUCAUGACGCUGAACUUCUUUUACAUGGUGCGCGACGAGGGGUCCUGGCUGGACAUUGGCACGACGAUCAGUCACUUCUGCAUCGCCAGCUUCCUAUGCACUUUUGUGGCAGGACUAGAGUUCCUAAGCGAGGCCUUUAUCAGCGGAGUACAUUUCGGUCGGAACGCUGUCAACGGCACCGCGGAGGGUGCUUCCCCUGGAAAGACUGACGGGGUGAAUGAGAAAAAGGCCCGGUAG